AUGCCUCCCAAGUCGAAGAAGGAGGCUCCAGUUGAGAGGCCGAUCCUCGGUAGAUUCUCCUCGCAUCUUAAGAUCGGUAUUGUCGGUCUACCCAAUGUCGGCAAGUCAACGCUCUUCAACACGCUCACGAAGCUCUCCAUCCCCGCUGAGAACUUCCCCUUUUGCACCAUCAACCCCAACGAGGCUCGCGUUAACGUGCCUGACGACCGCUUCGACUGGCUCUGCCAGCUGUUCAAGCCCAAGAGCGAGGUCUCCGCCUUUCUGGAGGUGAACGACAUUGCAGGGCUGGUGCGCGGAGCCAACGAAGGGGAGGGAUUGGGCAACGCGUUUCUCUCGCACAUCCGGGCCGUUGAUGGCAUCUUCCACGUCUGCCGUGCGUUUGACGAUGCGGACGUGAUUCACGUGGAGGACACUGUCGACCCGAUCAGGGACCUGGAGAUCAUUCACAACGAGCUGCGGCUGAAGGACAUUGAGUUCAUGGAGCGAGCCAAGGAGGACUAUGAGAAGCAGCUCAAGCGCAGCAACGACAAGCAGCUGAAGAUCGACCACGAGCUCUGCCUCCGGGUGCUGGCGCAUUUGAAUGAGGGCAAGGAUGUGAGGCUGGGCGAGUGGAAGGCAGCUGACAUUGAAGUGCUCAACACCUUCCAGCUGCUGUCUGCCAAGCCAGUUGUCUACCUGGUGAAUCUGACGGAGAAGGACUAUCAGCGCAAGAAGAACAAGUGGCUUGCCAAGAUCCAUGGCUGGGUGCAGGAGCACGGGCAGGACCCCAUCAUCCCGUUCAGUGGAGUGUUGGAGUCGAAGCUGGCUGACAUGCCGGCCGACGAGGCUGCCACCUACUGCAAGGAGAAUGAUAUCCAGAGUGGUCUUCCAAAGAUCAUCAAGACGGGAUUCGCAGCCAUCAACCUCAUCUACUUCUUCACGGCUGGGCCUGACGAGGUGAGGUGCUGGCAGAUCCGCAAGCAGACCAAGGCACCGCAAGCAGCAGGGGCCAUUCACACUGAUUUCGAGAAGGGCUUUAUUUGUGCUGAGGUGAUGAAGUUUGAAGAUUUAAAAGAGCUUGGAUCGGAAGCUGCUGUCAAGAUUAGUUUGCGCCACUAUCUGGAAUCAGGGGAUGAUGUGCAACGUGGACAAAUCCACUCCCGCCACUGCCUGCCCUGUCCCCUUCCCCCUAUUUUCUUCCCCCCUCCCGUUUCCUCCUUUCUCUUCCCGCUUCCCCUUCCUCCCUCACCCUUGGGAUUCCCGUUCUUGCUCCCUCCUUUCCCCUUCUUUUCCCCUGCUCCCCCCUUCCGCUCCCCCCUUCCGCCCAUCAUCCUCUCCAGCACUCCACUGCUGCUCUCUUCCUCCCGCUGUUUCUUAUUCUUCCCAGUCGUGAUCGCUUCACUGAGCAUCAGGUCAUCAGCAUGCCUCAAGUCCGACUUUGACGGCCGUGCUCUCACACUCUCCUCGCCUCUCGUCGCCGCGGCGCCCUCCAUCCGCCGCCGCGCCGCGGUCGCGUCAGCCGCUCCCCCCGCCGCCGCUGCCGCCGCGGUCUCAGCCGCAGCCCCCGCCGUCGCCGCGUCGUUAGCGCUCGAUGAUGACGUGGACGCGUCCAGCCGGCGGUACCCGCCGUUCGCGGCAUUCAGGAUCCACGGCACGGGCAGGAGAAAGACGGCCGUGGCGCGCGUGGGGCUCAUCGAGGGCAACGGGGAAAUUUUCGUGAACGGUCUGCCCCUGAACGAAUAUUUCCAGAACCAGGCGCUCAUGAUCCAGGCUGUCAAGCUGCCGCUGUCCUCUCUGGGCUAUGAGGGCAAGUACGAUGUGGUGGUGAAGGCGCACGGAGGGGGCCUCAACGCACAGGCGCAGGCCAUGGUUCUUGGUAUCGCCCGUGCCCUCGUUGCUGCCAGCGCUGCCAACCGCCCGCCCCUCAAGGCCCAGGGCAUGCUCACGCGUGAUGCCCGCUCGGUAGAGCGCAAAAAGUACGGACUCAAGAAGGCCCGCAAGGCUCCCCAGUUCUCCAAGCGUUAA